AGUCGUAGCGUACAAGGGACCAGUGACGUCAGUAACUGGACGAAUACAACUCCGUUAUGUGGAUUGCCUCACAAAGCAGCAGUUAAAUAGUCUACGGAGGGGGAACGUAAACCAGUGUAUGUGAACAGCUCCAGUGUAACCGUUGGGCUAGUUGAUGAACCUUAAGCAUGUCUACCAGAAACCAGGAAAUAGUAAAAUUUUCUGACCUUGACUCAGAUAUUCAAGAGCUCAUCAGAACAGCUGUUGCUUAUCGGCAGAAAGCGCACUGCCCAUACAGUAAUUUCCAAGUAGGAGCAGCGUUGAAGUGCGAUGACGACUCUGUGUUCGGUGGUUGUAACGUUGAAAACAUAGCUUAUGGGUGCACGAUAUGUGCUGAACGCACUGCAAUUGUGAAAGCCGUAAGUGAGGGUAAAAAGGUGUUCAAGCAUUUUGCAAUAACAGGAGACGUAACCGAUGGAUUUAUAUCACCUUGUGGCUCAUGUCGUCAAGUGAUUGUUGAAUUUGGAACAGAUGUGAAGGUCUAUCUGGCAAAGCCCGAUUUUUCAGAUGUUCUAGUGACGGACAUGGACACUAUAUUGCCUCUACCGUUCGUUCCAACGUCAAUUCCCGAGUGACGUACAGCCACGCUAAUCACAGGAAAGAAAACGGCACGUCUUCAUGAACAAAUAAUUGCUAUCUUUGCUCUCAAACUGUAAUACAAUAUUUCUGUAAAAUUGUUUAUUGGUUUGGGUAUAUAAAAAUAUAGAAUUUUAUGAACUGUGACAAUGUUCCUUCGUAACAUGUCGUCUGGCCGCUGCUUUCAUAUUGGCUGCUUAGUGCUUAUAGACAUAGCAAUUGACCAGUGCCACCUAGGCAUAUAACUGAGUUG